UUUAUAAAAUGGUAUCACAUCAUAACCUGAAUUUUCUAGUAUAAAAAUAUGUUGUAGUCAGAAAAUUUGUUUCAGAGUAUGAAUUAAAGUUGUGUUAAUUAAUGGACACCCUUAUAUUUGCUCUCAUAGAUUUAAAUAAUUUGUUGGAAGCAGCUCAUUGUUAAUUCAGAACUAUGGCAGUUCAUGAAUGCUCAUUUAAAGAUAAAUGUAUCAAAUGCUUUAAAAGGAUGGUGUAGGACACAAGGACAUAAGAAUAAUGGGGAUGUGUUAAUUAGAUCUGCAGAUUGUGUAUCUACAAUGGAUUAUGAUUACUUAAUUAAAUUUCUGGCUUUGGGUGAUUCUGGAGUAGGAAAGACAAGCUUCCUUUAUCAGUAUACAGAUGGAACCUUCAAUAAUCGUUUCAUCUCAACUGUUGGCAUAGACUUCCGAGAAAAGAGACUCGUGUAUCGGUCUCAGGGCUGUAGCCAGAGGGUACAUUUGCAGCUGUGGGAUACAGCUGGUCAGGAGAGAUACCGUAGCCUAACCACCGCCUUCUACCGAGAUGCAAUGGGCUUCUUGCUACUCUUUGACUUGACUAAUGAGCAGUCCUUCUUGGAAAUAAGGAAUUGGCUUGACCAGUUGAGGACACAUGCAUACUGUGAGAACCCAGAUGUAGUGCUGUGCGGCAACAAAUGUGAUUUGGAGGACAAGAGAAUCAUCAGUGAACAGCGUGUCAAGGAGACAGCCGACAAGUAUGGAAUGUUGUAUCUGGAGACAAGUGCAGCAACAGGACAUAAUGUGUCACGAGCUGUUGAAAUUCUUCUGGAUCGUGUCAUGAAGAGGAUGGAGAUGGCUGUAGAUCGCGCCAUGUUGCCAGGUCGGCGUGGAAGGCCUAAACCUGGAGAUGAAGAUGCAGACGUAACUCUGAAUUCUCCACCUUCAACGUGUGGUGGCUGCUGAUGUGGCAGCACUGUGCCAUGAAUGAGUACAGAAAACGGACGUAUUCUAGGCUCAUAAGGGAUUGAGUGUUUGUGUGUUGGGAGUUGUGAUGAUGUGGGAUGUCCCACGAACAACCUACUGUAUAAAGUCGUGUUUGAUGACUUGAGACAAUACUGCCAUGUAACCCUGCAACAGUUUUUUGGAAAUGUGGUCAAGAUUAGCCUAAUCAUUUCAUGUAUUUGUAGAAUGCCCCAAAAGAGACAUUGCUCAGCUGAAUUUCAUGGCCAUGUAAUAAUUGUGACCACACAAAUAAGAAAAUAAUAUUAAUAAUGCACAAAAAGGAAACCUAUUUAAAGAAGUAUUCUGCAGACCUUGCUUGAUGCUCUUAAUUGACAAAAGUCCCCCAUUAGAAUUAACUUGAAUAAUUACAAAUCAGAAUGAGCCUUUGGUGCCCAGCCGCUUAGGACGUGGUAGCAAGGAGAGAAGUCUCUGUAUGUGCUGAGACUCAAGUGAAUGAUGAGUUCACUUGACCCAGUGGGCUCCACUAGCUCAUUCCAAAUUUAUUAUAAUAUAUGGUUUAUUUACGGUAUGGUAUUUGAAAUAGUGUACAAAAUUUCAAAUAAGGUAACUGAAGUGAGUGUCAUUGUUCAUAAAGAGGAAGGCUAUGGAUUUAUGUCUGGACUUGAAUUGAGAGUUCUUUGUCCAUCUCCACAAUCAAAAUGGCUGUGGGGUCCUGUGCAGCAUCUAACCAGUGGAUAAUAUGUGCCAUUUUCUGAUGGUAAAAAUAAAUGGAGCGCCUCCGUGUAGAGGCAGUAAUAAAAUCUUUACUGUCUAGCCUCUGUAUGCAUUUGUAGCGCAGUGCACAAUUGUAAUUAUUUCCUCUUUAUGUGUUUAUACAUUUUACGUACAGUUUAACCUUUAUUGAGCAUACAUUGUUCCUUAACUGCCACAUCGUUAAAACCCCACAGUUGAAGUCGAACCAGAAGCCCAUUAUUUUGAGGGUUUAAAUGCCCUAUACACUUGUGAUAAAGGUUAACCAAAUGCUGGUACAUUUUGAUUUUGAUUUAUUUGAAAGAUUAAAAUUGAUUCAAAAAUAUAAAUUGAAAAGGCAAGAUGACAGUAUACAGAUAAAUUGGAUUUGAAUUAUAGUAGCAAGCGAGGUUAGUCUGUAUUAUUUCUGAAUUGAGGUUAUGUAGUUUCUAAAUUCUAUUAAUAUUGUGUCCUGCAAGUGACAGGAUAUAUCAUAGAAUUUUAUGUGGGUACGGUGGGGAACUAACGCCACCCACGGCCCCCACUCUUCAUAAACCUAGUCGCUAUCCAAAAUCAUCCGAAGGAAACACUUUCAAAACAUACUCCACACUGGCUUUGACCUCAGGACGCCCCACCCACAUCACGCUGUCUCUUCAUAGUGGAGGGCUCUCGGAAAUUCACAAACAUAAACCAAGUUGCAUUUAACUUUGUAAGAAUUUAUAAGUAUAUGAACAAUGUAUGAAUAUUUACAGAUGUAAUUGAAGGAGUAAUCACCCAGAUUUGUAGCCUGGGAUAAAAGAACAUUUCAUAACGUAAUCAAACAUAAUUCCUAAUGUGGAUGGUCUAGGCCCCAUUUGUGUAUGCUGAGUUCUUGUUGUCUUAUUGUAUAUUUUUUUCUGUAGUGUUAUAAAAUUGUUUUGAAUCUUUAUUUCUUCCUUGUACUGACAAGUAGCCUCUGUUUAUUUUAUGUUUCGUGACUAUUAUUCACUUGUUAAUAAAAUUAGAACUAUGAAUUUCGUGUCUCCAUGAAUUCUUAAUUGGAAUUGCUAUGUUCAUGUAAAUAUUAAAACACACCAAAAUAUAAUUUGUUUGACUUGUCUUUUUACAUGGGGCUGAAUCUUGUCACUCAUAUCAGUAGAAGAGUAAACAUUGGUUAGCACUCUUGCUUUCUAUUUUGGGCGUAAAGUUAGGUUAGGUUAAAAUCUCUGCCUGGAGACCAACUCUCUCCUGAUGGAAAUUAUUGUGAUUUUUCUCGAUCCUUCUGGACAAACAUUUGUAUUUAAAUUGUACUAUGCCCAUUUCCUUUCGUAUUUAUUGCUUAUCCAACAGCUGGUCAUUUACUAAGCUGAUGACAGUUUCACUAAAUAAAUCAAAAAUAAAUAAAGUAUAUUAUAUGUA